AUGCGGCGGGGCCGGCCCGGGGCGGGGAGCCGACACCGGCGGUGGGAGCGGAGCUCGGCUGCGGGGCUCUCGGCCAUGGGCUGCCCGGUGCGCGCCGUCGCUCUCCUUGCUGCCGCCGCCGCCGCCGUGUUGCUGCCGCCGCCGCCGCCCGUCCGUCCUGCCGUGCCCCGCCCGCGGGUUUCCGCCAACUUCGAGUGCCGGGCCAGCGCCGACAGCACGCUGACCCGGCCCCGCUGCCGCCGGGGAGCCCCCACGGGGCCCCCGCUGACCCCUCCCGCCCUGGCGCUGAGCACGGCGCGGCUGUGCCAGCCCUCGCUGCCCUGCCAGCCCUGCCUGCGGGUGCGCCUGGCCAUCCCGGCCGCAGGAAUCCGCGGGCUGCAGCUCGACUUCCUGGAGCUGGGCUCCAACCGGGCCGGCUGGCUGCAGGUGUGGCGGCGGCACCGGGCACCGGGCGACGUGCCGUGGCAGGUUCAGUUUGACUGCUUCCCAGCGGAAAGCGGGCGGAGGGUCCUGGUCACCCUGCGUACCAUCCCCGACCGAGGCCUGGCCGUCAGCCGCAGCCACGUGGUUGCCAUCGAGCUGCAGGGACCCAUCUUCACCCACACCUGGCUCCCUGAAGCGCGGGCCAUAGAGGUGGCCGUGCCCAAGGGCCCUGCGCUGAUGGUGCGGCUGUGCCACCAGCUGGCCCUGGAGUGUGAGGAACUGCCACAGCCCUUCCACCGCCAGCUCCUGGUGCCGGGUGGCCACCGCGUCUCACUGCCAUAUGAGUUCCUGGUGCCCUGCCUUUGUGUUGAGGCCUCCUAUCCACACCAUGACAGCCUGCGCAGCAAGCGCUGCCCCUUCCGUGAGCGGCCGGACGCCUACGGCCCUGAACUGUGGUCCUCGGUGCACUUCCAUGACUACAGCAGCAAGGACCAGAUGGCCAUGGUGCUGAGUGCCAGCUGUCCCCUGCAUCCCCAGGCCACCCUGUGCUGGAGGGAGGCGGCAGCUGAAGCUGCACCGUGCCACAAUGUCCCCAACUCCACGGCCAGCGAGGAGGAACAGGUGUACACGCUGGACAAUGUGGAUGUGCACCCCCUGCUCUGCUUCAGGUUCUCCUAUGGGAACAGCAGCCACGUGGAGUGUCCCCACUGCACAGACACCACUUGGAAUGUGUCCCUGAGUGCCCGGGGACUGCAGCUCCGCCUGCACCUCACCUCCCGCGUCCCCGCGUCCUUCAGCGCAGCGCUGUGCCAGCGCCGGGGCGGGCGCUGUGAGCCCGAGGCCCCCGUCUACACCGUCACGCGGCCGGAGAGCUCUGCUCCGGGGGAGCUGGCGCUGCUGCUGCCGGUGCAGGUCCUGGGCAGCUGCGUGUUGGUCUGGCGCUCAGACGUGCGCUUCGCCCGCAAGCAGCUGCUCUGUCCAGACGUCUCACACAGGCACUUCGGGCUGCUGGGGCUGGCGCUGGCGCUGGGGCUGGUGGUGACCGUGCUGCUCCUGAACUGCCGCAGCACCUGGAGGAUGCCCAGCGGUGCGGUGACGCGUGGCCGCCCGGUGCUGCUGCUGUACUCUCCUGACUCGGAGGAGCACCUGGCCCUGGUGUGCGCCCUGGCCGAGCUGCUGCGCGCGGGGCUGGGCUGUGAGGUGCGCCUGGACCUGUGGGAAGCGGGCGGCGUGGGGCGCGCGGGGGCCCUUCCCUGGCUCUACGCUCAGCGCAGCCACGUGGGCCGUGAGAGCGGCACCGUCCUGCUGCUCUGGAGCCGGGGCAGCUCUCGGCUCUUCCGUCUGUGGCGAGGAGGUGAAGGCGGCGGGGAGCCCCGCGACGCGCACGAUGUUUUUGGGGCGGCCAUGGCGUGCUUGCAGGGGGAGCUGGGGGCGGCGGGGCGAGGCCGGGGCUGGGUGCUGGUGUACUUCAGCCGUCUCUGCAGCCCCCGCGACGUGCCGCGGCCCCUGCGGCCCCUGCCCACCUACCGCCUGCCCCAGGAGCUGCCCGGCCUGCUGGGCGCGCUGCGGGGCGGCCCCCCGCCCUCCUGCCGGCACCUCCGCGGCCGGGCCCAGGGGCUGCUGCUCCGGCUGCUGGAGGCCGAGGCCGGCAAGGGGGCGGCGGGGGGCGGCUCCGGGUGUGGGGCGGGCCGCCCGCUUCAGCCUGCCGGUACCUGAGCGCCCGCAGCGGGGCUGAGCUUGGGCACAGCGUGGGCCGCGGGCCGCGCGGAGGACGGAGGUCCCGGACGGAGCCGGGCUGAGCGAGCGGCUGCCGGAGGGCGCCCCGGGCUGGGACGGAGCGGGGCUGGAGUGCGGGCGCAACCCCGGGGCCGGGCGGCCGGGCUUCCAGCGGGGCCUGCUAUGGAGGGAGAGCGGGCCUCGCGCGGGGCGGCCGCGGCCGGGAGAGGCAGCCGGGGCAGCUCCCGUCACGUCGCGGCGCCCGGCACGGCACGCGCGGGCUCCUCACGCCCGGUCUUGGUUGCGUUGAAUGGAAUAAAAGCGCCGUUUACAUUU